UUCCUUGUCGAACACGGACUGUUGUGUGCAAGCCUGCAGCUCUCCAUUUUAAAUGUAUUAAUAAUCUUAGCUGGCUAGUUAAUAAUACAACCUGGUCUCAGAGCAUAUCGUAUUAUUCUGUAUGUAAGUGUUGUACACAUUUAAUGUAGUAUGUAUUGAUUUGUGGAUGUCAAUCAUCCAUUUUGUAUAAUGUUACAAAUUGUUAAUUUGUAUGAUAUUUUACGAAUUCAAAAUCGUACCAUAUGUUAUGCACUUGCUAAAUCUAUCAUAUGUUACGAAUUCCAUUUUGUUGUGGAAAACAUUAACUUUAGCCACCUAUAGCUAAUGUUAGCAAGCUAGCUAACGUUAGCUAAGCUUGGGGUUACGUUGGGUUAAAUGGUUAGGGAAAGGGUUAGUUAACAUGCUAAGUAUGCUGAACAAAAAUACAAGUGUAACAUGUAAAGUGUUUGUCCCAUGUUUCAUGAGCUGAAAAAAAAUCCCUGAAAUUUUCCAUAAGCACGGAAAGCUUAUUUCUCUCAAAUUUUGUGCACAAAUUUGUUUGCAUCCCUGUAAGCAUUUCUCCUUUUCCAAGAAAAUCCAUCCACCUGACAGGUGUGGCAUAUCAAGAAACUCAUUAAACAGCAUGGUUUUGAGGGAGCGUGCAAUUUGCAUGCUUACUGCAGGAAUGUCCACCAGAGCUGUUGCCAGUGAAUUGAAUGUUCAUUUCUCUAUCAUAAGCACCCAACAUCAUUUUAGAGAAUUUGGCUGUGCGUCCAACUGGCCUCAAACGCAGACCAUGUGUAACUACGCCAGCCCAGGGCCACAUCCGGCUUCUUCACCUGAGGGAUUGUCUGGGGGGUAGGGGGGGUCUGUAUGUAAUAAAGCCCUUUGGUGCAGAAAAAAAUAUUUCUGAUUGGCUAGGCCUGGCUUCCCAGUGGGUGCACCUGUGCCCAGUCAUGUGAAAUCCAUAGAUUAGGGCCUAAAUAGUUGAUUUCAAUUGACUUAUUUCCUUAUAUGAACUUUAACUCAGUAAAAACUUAAAUUGUUGCGUUUUUAUAUUUUUGUUCAGUAUAGUUGCAAAGUAGCUAACAUGCCUAAGUUGUCCAUGAAGAGAUUCAAACACGCAACCUUUGGGUUGCUAGACGUUCGCAUAAAUAGAUAUCUCCACCCCGACCAACCACCCUCCUUUUCCUUUUUGCCUUAAGUAACCUGUCUUAUGUAACAUACCAAUUACCGUAUGUCACCAUAGCAUAUCAUACUAAUUUGUUUCCUGGAUUUACGUUUACUAUGAGACCAGUCUGAAGGUCACUAACUGAUAUAUUCAAUAAAAUAUAGUGCAUAAUCUAUUGCUGCUUAAUCAGCUAAGUGAGUACUGACACUUUCUAUUGUGGAAGGGUCUACGUAUGUUUGUGGUGUUGCAUAACUAUGUUCAAGUACCUGCUGAGGCUCGUCUUUUCCAGGUGUUUUUCAAAUUUCUGUGGCUUUUUUUUCAGCCAAAAAACAACCACCAAUCAAACUACCGCACCUACCUUUUUUCAGAGUUCCAAGGACCGUUUGAGUGUUGAGUAAUUUAUGGUAACUGGAAAGACUAGUGUGAAAUAACCCCACCUGAAGGAGUGUCACUCAAGGAGACAUGCACAGGCUGUGCAAGUGCAUUAUCUGCUUGAGACCUGUUAGUGCCCCCGGGCUUAGAGUAUGGUGGGUGAUGAGGCAAACAGCUCUCAUGGAGGACAUGCUGUGUAAUCAAAUAUGUCAUAUACUGUGAGAUAUAACCUUCAAGUAUAGCAUGGCACUCCAGUACUCCUUUCAGCCUUUUGGUGAAAUUGCAUUAUUGUGUGGAGACACGGGUGCGGUAGUAGAUAGAGGGCUUUACAUAGCAAGAGAUGGCUGAUGCUCUGUCAUCUAGGCCCAUAAUUAGAUUGCCCUUUGAAGACAGGGACCUGAUGAAUAACAAAUGCUGUGUGUGCAUCAACUGGCAUAAUUUCAGAGAAGCCAAAGCAAAGUAACCAUGGAAACACCCACAAAUUGAGCAUUAUGCCCUGUGUCUCAUUCCUUAGCAAAAGUUGGCAAUGAUUCAUUCCAUGGUCAAAUGAUAUGACAGGUCUUCUGAAUGAGGCCUGUCACCUUGAAUUGUUGGAACUGAAUCAUGAACCUUUUUCAUUUAGCUGUACAGGCUAAACCUGAGCACUCACUUGUUUGAUGGAGGCCACAUUGUUUCCCCUUUUUGUUGUUUUUCCAAACAAUAACAAUGAGUGGGAGUAGAACCUUUUUUUCUUGAUAUUUAAAACCUCUGAGCAUGGAACAGCUUGUUCUAGUUGUAGUCAUGUUUGGCAAGACAACAGUAUUGCGUUGUUGAAUUCAGAAAUGUCCUGGCACCCAGGUCAUAUUUCCUGUGUCAUAAGUUCUGCUUUACAAUGGUUCUUCUAUGUUUACAGUCAGGGUUUAAAUUUUGCAGGUUAGAGGUCUACUAUUUCACCUGCCACAUUGGCGAGUGGUCAGGGCUCCACAGUGCGAGCAUUUCACUAGCAUUUGUGAAUACAAAGUAUGAUCACAUUAAUAGCUAAAUAAAUUCUGCAGUAGCUGUUUUCAGAGUAUUUCUGCCGUUUUGUUCCAUAGCUGGUAAACGCACAAAGUCAAAGAACUACGAAUUAUAUAGUAUAGUAGUAUAUUAUAUAGCCUAUCCCACCUCGCGCUACUGUGCUCACGUGAAGAGCUGAGUGAAGGAUUAUUUUUUGAAGUGCUGAGCACAGGCAUAAUGGUCUAAUUUAGUUGAAACGAAAGUCUACUGAAGUGAGACUUUGUCACUGUUUCUUGGCUAUUUACAUUGUUCACAAGCUAUGUUUUUCAAUGUUUGAGUUUCAAAUGCUAGGGAAAAGAAGACAACACGGCUACUAGUCAGACUCAUUCUCACAAACAUGACUCGAGUCGCCUUACCACUGUAACAAAGAUUUCUAUUACUAAACCAAGAUAGACCACAGCCUGUUUACAUUGGAACAAAUUAGUCAUAUGGGCGGAACAAGCAAGGAGGUGGGCAGAGCCAAGCACGAGCUAGCGAGAUCCUAUUGGCGCGUUCUAGCAUAUAUUUGCAUAUUUCGGUUUAGGGACCGCCUACUCUGAAGUGCGCGUGUGCAGUAACUAAAUUUGCACUCUAAAUAUUGACUUUUUUUUUUUUACUUUGGCAAAUGGUAAAGUCUACAAAACUGUGUCCACUGUUCGUAACAUAUUUUAGUUUUGGGAACAGAACUAUUGGGGUCAAAUGUUUAAUUGAUGAGAAAAUUACAUUUUGGCUGACAUUCUGCUAUCUCGUUCCAUCUUCUCCCACUGCCGACCACUGGGCUUUCCACUCCUCACUACCAAAUGCCACUCAGAUGCUUCACAUUUAUACAUCCAGUGAAAUAUCUGUCUCAUUGUUCUAUUUGUGACUAAGCUCCUGUAAAAAUAAUAAUAAUAAUAAUAAUAAUAAUGUGAUACAGCCUCGAUUCGAGCCAGGUUGUCUGUUGUGACGCCUCUAGCACUGAGAUGCGGUGCCUUAGACCGCUGCGACACUCGGAAGCCUGUUAAAGGGGCAGGUGAAAAUUUGUCCCAAAAAAUGAAACGAAAUGAAACAACAUUUAUUUCUUACUAGUAAUGCAUGUAUUGUUUUAGGAACAUUACAAAGCAUGCUCAUUUGUUUUAUUAUACAGUGGCUGGUAGACCAAAAAGUUAACUUAAGGCCUUCUUUACAGUUAAAAAUAAAAAUACAGCUGUGCCACUCGGGAGCCCAAAACAGUUAUAUUCUUUAAUACUUCUUAGAAAUUACCAGAACAUGCAAUUAAUUUCCCACAUCAUAUUGCAAAGACUUUGUGAUGAUGUUUAGCCCACACAUUUCACCAUGGUCAUGCUAGGCUACACAAACAUAAUCAUGACUAAUUAUUUGUUCACCUCUAAGAAGGUUAGCAGGCUUAUGUAACACUGUUGAUUAUCCUCUUAAUGGAGGAGAAAGGCCAACUGUGCUUGAUAUAGUUGUUAUUCCAGAGGCUGGAUUUUCCCAACUUAGCCUGGCUAGUAUGUCAGUCUACUGCGCUUAGUAGAUGACAACAUGCAGCCUGGCAGACCUUGCAAUCCCAUUUUGACUAUCUCUAUCAGCCUAAAGUCAGCAAUAUGUUAAUAGUCAAAUUGUUAGGAAAUUGUAAGUGCCGUGGGUGUAGUAACUUGUGACUGAGAUGUCUAUUUGUUGAACUCAUAGCCUAUAGCAGGGCCAUUUAACGUAUUCUUACGGGGACAGAUGUAAAAAGGUUAAUUGCACGGGGGCCGGACAUUUUGCACAUGCGAUUAUUCUUCAGAAGAACUGUAUUAAAGAAAGCAAUGCAUUACCACCAAUAUAGCACUUUGGAGGGUGCUCAACCAACACCAGUUGAGGUGCAACCAAAACAAUUGAUCAUCAUUGAAAGGAAAAGGUGCAACGCUUGCUCACCAUUUUUUUUGUUUUAUUUAAACAACUAUUAAAAGCUUAAUUAAAAGUAAUUAGGUCAUUUUUUAAAUCCUAAUUAAGCAUGUCAAUAAAAAGACAGCUAUGCCAAAUUCCAGUCUGAAGGAAGAAUUCUUUGAAUUAAUUUUUCUCAGUCAUUAGAUGUUUGUUGUCACACCCUUCUAACGAGUCCUUGUGAGCAUCAGAGAGGGAAAUGGAAGGCACAUGCGUGUUACUGAGAGUCGUAGCUUUCAGGAAUGGUGUCAUAGCUUAAACCGUUCAAACGCUAGAGAUAAAUUCAUAUGAAGAAAAAAUUAUCAACAUGCCACAGGCGCUAGAAACCACACUAUAGACAACCACCAUAGUGCUAGAAACCACACUAUAGACAACCACCAUAGUGCUAGAAACCACACUAUAGACAACCACCAUAGUGCUUGUCUUUUUGGCACUGAAUGUUGGAUUUGGGCAGGGAUUUUUUUUCAGAUCUUUUGUUAAUGUUCAGAAUUGAUCUAAGGACCGGUAUAAAUUAAUAUACGGGCCAGAUCUGGCCUGCUGGCCGCCAGUUGAAUAGCCCUGGCCUAUAGUGUGUACACUAUAGAUUUAAGAACAAGGGCCACAGGGGAAUGAGAUCUAGGUGUAGGAAAUGCAGUUGCCUGUGUCCCCUGUAGACAUUGUCUCCUGUCAGCCAAACAGAGUUGACAUGGAUGCUCUCUCCCUCCUGAUGAGGUGUGUUUCCCAGACUUGGCCUGAUUAAACUUGCAUGGCCUCUCUGGUGUGUGUGUGCCAGCAUCAACCCUUCGAACUGGACCCAUUGCCAGACAGGACAGCUUUAUUAUGUCCAACCAUGGUGCCCACACAGUGGGCUUGGACAGCAAUUUUUUUCCUGCUGAAUAGUUCCUUUUUUGGGCACAGUUGGAUAGGGCAAUUCUAGUUUUCUUACCCAGCUUUGUAUUGGGAUCAUCUGUCUGCUUCUUAAAAAUUUAAUCGGUCUGGUGUGUCAAGUCAGAGGCCUUUCAUCAUGUUUUUCCAUUCCCCUCUCUCUCCCAAGCUUUAUUUGCCAACUAUGCUGCCAUUCCUGCUAUUCUCUCUUUUCACCCUGUUCUCUUUUCAUUUAUUUUCUUCAUUCUCCUAUUUUAGUUUUUCUGGCUGCACAUGAAUGGGGUUCUUGACUCCCUCCCUUUCAGUCUUUCAGAUUCAAUAUGGUCUCAGCCAAGGUCAGGGUACUUGUCAGCACUAUGCACUACUGCAGGGCUUUCUUUCCUCAAGCGGCCACCAGCCAGUGGUCGGGGCCUAAAUGGCUGCCUGACAUUAUUCACUAUUCAGCCAGACAGGUAAAUUCCAUGUAAAAGGACCUACGAGCUCCAACAUCUGAAGUUCAUAUGAGCAUGUCAAAUGAUAGCUAAGAGUCUCUAUUUUUGAGAAAUUAAGGCAUAUAUACAUUUUUCAACCAUUUUCCAUCCUAAAAAUGUGGAAUAAGCUAACACUAUGAUUUCUUGUCAAACAGAUGGAAAGGGGGUCUUAAACAUCUACCAGAAAGUCUUAAAAGGUGUUAGAAAUAUACCAAAAAACAAUGUUGAAGUAAAGACCCCUGCCAACUAAUAUCAACACUUUUUUAUAUUUGGUUUAUAAGAGAAAAAGUCAGCAUUCUGUAAGUUCAAGAAAUCUUGCCUUGUGCCUUGAAAUUCCAUUACCAAAAACCCACAUCAUUAGACAUGAUCCGGAACUUUGGCGACUACUAAGUCUUUUUUAAACCUUCCGCUUUAGACUGGAUUUGUUGGUGUAUUUCAUACAUAAUCUAUGAGCAGAAUUACCUAAAUUGACCACGAAGUCCCUAGUUUGAAAUCAACUUGUUUUCUGGAAGUUGUACUGCACCAUUUUCCCCCCACAUGGGCCAGCUCCCUAGCAAUUUGAGUUCUAGCCAUUUCAGUCAAGACUAGCAAGAUGGACAUGCAAUGACGUGGUGUACAUAUCUGCACCUAUGUGAUGUAGUACCAAUUUUCGGGGACCACUUUUGGCUUGUGAGCACAACUUUCAGAACUACUGUCAAAAAAAGUAUACAAAACUGGAGAGUCUCUUUUGAGAUAUUUUCUCAUUUCUCUCCCUCAUGAGGAGGAAGGAUAAUGAAUGUUCACAGAACAAGUAAAGGUAGACAUCAAUUAGUUGUAAUGUUUUACUGAUAUCAGUUUUGUUUAUGAAUUAAAUGAAUCGGUAACAGAAUUUCUGCAAUUGAAUUGGCUACAAUGGGGAAAUCAUAGUUGUCACAAAGCACAGUUGGGUCCCCUGCUACUGUCCUCCCUUCUGCUGGCAUACUGUCAUGUUGAUCUGAUGUUUUCUUUCUGUAGUCUGGUGGUCAAAGCAAGAGUGUGAAAAGUCUCUCCAAUUAAUGUCACCUCUCCCAGCUCUUAUUGACACCUACCCAUGAGCCCCCUUUCUUCCCAUUUUACUGUAAUAAGCAUCCUCUCCCACUGAGCACCAACUGACACCGGACGUCCAUGAAUGAUGAAAAGUAGUUGGAAUUUGGUCCGGCCUGACCUUGAUUUCAAUGUCCACAGACGUCUGGUACGGCUUUCAUUUGGCCCAAACAUAGACGUCCAUGGGCUCCAAGUGGUCUAAGGCACUGCAUCGGAGUGCUUGAGGUGUUACUACAGACCCGAGUUCGAUCCCAGGCGACCGGGAGACCCAUUAAGCGGGGCCCAGUUGGCCCAGUGUCGUCCGUGGUAGAGGUGGGUUUGACCGGCCGGGAUUUCCUUGUCCCAUCGUGCUCUAGCGACUCCUUGUGGCGGGCCAGGCACCUGCAAGCUGAUGUCGGUCGCCAGCUGGAUGGUGUUUCCUCCGACACAUUGGUGGGCUGGCUUCCGGGUUAAGAUAGCAGUGUGUCAACAAGCAGUGCGGCUUGGCAGGGUCGUGUCUCGGAGGACGCAUGGCGCUCGACCUUUGCCGCUCCCGAGUCCGUAGGAGUUGCAGUAAUGGGACAAGACUGUAACUACCAAUUUGCAUAUCACGAAAAAGGGUUGGCUGUAAGAAGAUCCUUCAUCUCCUCCUCUUGAUUUGGUGACCUGUCCUAUCAUGGCUGAGAAGCUAGCGUCCUUCGGUAAGAUGCUGCUCCGGCGACGGGCGCUGGACUGUAACCAGGAAGAGAGCCACUUCGCCCGCUGCCUGACCACGCUGGACCUUAUUGCCCUGGGGGUGGGUGCCACUCUGGGGGCUGGCGUCUAUGUGCUGGCUGGAGAGGUGGCCAGGGAGAAGGCCGGCCCAGCCAUCGUCCUCUGCUUCCUCAUCGCAGCGCUCUCCUCCGUCCUUGCUGGUCUGUGUUAUGCAGAGUUUGGUGCUCGUGUGCCUAAGACUGGUUCAGCCUACAUGUACAGCUAUGUGACUGUGGGGGAAAUCUGGGCCUUCAUCACUGGCUGGAACCUCAUCCUCUCCUAUGUCAUAGGCACAGCCAGUGUUGCUCGGGCCUGGAGCUCCACCUUUGACAACCUGGUUGAACAGAAGAUCUCAGACUUCUUCAGAGCCUCCAUGUCCAUCAAGGUCCCUGGGAAUAUUCUUGCUGAAUACCCAGACCUCUUCGCCUUCAUCCUGAUCUUGCUGCUCACUGGCCUGCUGGCAUUUGGCGUUAGCGAGUCGGCCCUGGUGAACAAGAUCUUCACGGGGGUCAACCUGGUGGUGCUGGGCUUCGUCAUCAUCUCAGGCCUGGUGAAGGGAGACCGUACCAACUGGAACCUCACCGUGGAGGACUUUGUCAACACAACCAACAUCACUGAUCCAGAGAUCAUUAAAGAGAAGUUUGGCACUGGGGGUUUUGCUCCAUUUGGCUUCAGUGGAGUCCUGUCUGGGGCAGCAACCUGCUUCUAUGCCUUUGUGGGGUUCGACUGCAUCGCAACAACAAGUGAAGAGGCCAAGAACCCUAUGCGUUCCAUCCCCAUCGGUAUCGUGGCUUCUCUGCUCAUCUGUUUCUUUGCCUACUUCGGGGUGUCUGCGGCUCUCACCCUUAUGAUGCCCUACUACCUGCUGAACAGAGAGAGCCCACUGCCAGAGGCCUUCAGUUAUGUGCACUGGGACCCUGCCCGCUACAUCGUGGCUGUGGGAUCCCUCUGUGCCCUCUCCACCAGUUUACUGGGCUCAAUGUUCCCCAUGCCCCGUGUAAUCUAUGCCAUGGCUGAGGAUGGCCUGCUCUUCCGCUUCCUCUCAAAGAUGAACAUAAAAACCAAGACCCCCCUGUUAGCCACCAUCGUGUCGGGUAUUGUAGCAGCCCUGAUGGCGUUCCUGUUUGAUCUGGCAGCCCUGGUAGACCUGAUGUCGAUAGGAACUCUCCUGGCAUACACACUUGUGGCAGUGUGUGUGCUUAUCCUCAGGUACCAGCCGGGUACCCUGGGCCUCAGCGGUGCCAGUGAGAAGCUGGUGGAGCUGGUGGGUCUGCAGAGGGCAACCAUGGCGGAGGGGGACAGUGGGGACGAGUUUGACCAGGAGGUUGAGGGGGAGACCAGGGCCCUCAGGGAGAGGUUCACCCUCAAGAUGCUGCUGGUGCCCAGCUGUGACGUCCCCACCAAGACCUCCGGACUUAUCGUGUACAUCACUACCGCUGUCAUCUCUGUGGUAUUCACCCUGCUGUGCGUAGUGCUGGCUGUGUGGGGGGCAGAGGUGGUGAGUGGCCACCCCCUGUGGGUCACCAUAUGUGCCAUACUGGCCUUCCUCGCCUUCCUGUGUGUGGCCAUCAUCUGGAGACAGCCCCCGAGCAGACAGGCACUCACCUUUAAGGUACCCCUACUCCCAGUGCUGCCAUUGGUCAGUAUCUUUGUCAACAUUUACCUCAUGAUGCAGCUGGAUGGGCCAACGUGGUGUCGCUUUGCAGUGUGGAUGACUAUUGGUUUUCUCAUCUACUUUGGUUAUGGGAUUAAGAACAGCUCAGAGGCCACACCCAACCGUGGUAAAUUUGAGACAGUCCUCCGAUCAAAGAGUCCCAUCUACCUGGCAGAGGAUGACAGUGAGGUGGAAGGGAUGACACCUUAGAGAAGAAUAGUGGUGGAGUAGAUGGUGUACGCCCCAACAACAUACCACGCAAGACGAACAGGUGCACAGUCUCAUCGCGUCAAUUUUCAACUGUCGGGGCAUUGUGCUACAACUGACUGUCUUCUCCUUUGUUGAUAUUUGGUCAUUCCUAUAAUGUAGAGAGACCUUCACAUGCUAAAUAGAUUUUGGAUGUACAGUAUCAGUCAAAAGUUUGGACAUCUACUCAUUCAAGGGUUUUUCUUUAUUUGUAUUAUUUUCUACAUUGUAGAAUAAUAGUGAAUACAUCAAACCUAUGAAAAACACACAUGGAAUCAUGUAGUAAGGAAAAAAGUGUGAUUCAUCAAAGUAACCACCCUUUGCACACCUAUGGCAUUCUCUCAACUAGCUUCAUGAGGUAGUCACCUGGAAUGCAUUUCAAUUAACAGGUGUGACUUGUUAAAAGUUAUUUUGUUAAUUUCUUUCCUUCUUAAUGUGUUUAAGCCAAUCAGUUGUGUUGUCACAAGGUAGGGGUGGUAUACAGAAUAUAGCCCUAUUUAGUUAAAGACCAAGUCCAUAUUAUGUCAAGAACAGCUCAAAUGAGCAAAAUGAAACGACUGUCCAUCAUUACUUUAAGACAUGAAGGUCAGUCAAUCCGGAAAAUGUCAAUAACUUUGAAAGUUUCUUCAAGUGCAGUCACAAAAAACAUCAAGCGCAAUGAUGAAACUGGCUCUCAUGAGGACCGCCACAGGAAAGGAAGACCUAGAGUUACCUUUGCUGCAGAGGAUAAGUUCAUUAGAGUUACCAGCCACAGAAAUUGCAGCCCAAAUAAAUGCUUCAGAGUUCAGGUAACAGACACAUCUCAACAUCAACUGUUCAGAGGAGACUGCAUGAAUCAUGCCUUCAUGGUCGAAUUACUGCAACAACUAAAAACACUACUGAAGGACACCAAUAAUAAGAAGAGACUUGCUUGGUCUAAGAAAAAAGAGUAGUAAACAUUAGACCGGUGGAAAUCUGUCCUUUGGUCUGAUGAAUCAAAAUUUGAGAUUUUUGAUUCCAAACCACGUGUCUUUGUGAGAUGCAGAGUAGGUGAACGGAUGAUCUCCGCAUGUGUGGUUCCCACCGUGAAGCAUGGAGGUGUGAUGGUGUGGGGGUGCUUUGUGGUGCACUGUCAGUGAUUUAUUUAGAAUUCAAGGCACACUUAACCAGAAUGGAUACCACAGCAUUCUGCAGCGAUACGCCAUCCCAUCUGGUUUGUGCUUAGUGGGACUAUCAUUUGUUUUUCAACAGGACAAUGACCCAAAACACACCUCCAGGCUGUGUAAGGGCUAUUUGACCAAGAAGGAGAGUGAUGGAGUGCUGCAUCAGAUAAGCUGGCAUCCACAAUCACCCGAGCUUAACCCAAUUGAGAUGGUUUGGGAUGAGUUAGACUGCAGUUGAAGGAAAAGCAACCAACAAGUGCUCAGCAUAUGUGGGAACUCCUUCAUGACUGUUGGAAAAGCAUUCCAGGUGAAGCUGGUUGAGAGUGUGCAAAGCUGUCCUCAAGGCAAAGGCUGGCUACUUGUAAAAAUCUCAAACAUAUAAAAUGUAUUUUGAUUUAACACUUUUUGGUUACUACAUGUGUUAUUUCAUAGUUUUGAUACCUUCACUAUUAUUCUACAAUGUAAAAAAUAAAGAACCUGGAAUGAGUAGUAGUGUAUUAACUUUUGACUGGUACUGUAUGUGCACUGAGAUAUACACUGAUUGUACAAAACAUUAAGAACAUGUGCGAUUUCCAUGACAGUCUGAUCUGGUGAAAGCUUAUGGUAGUAGGUGCCAGGCACACUGCUGGGUUUUUCACGCUCAACAGGUUUCUAUGUGUAACAAAAAUAGUCCACCACCCAAAGGACACCUAGCCAACUUGAAACAACUGUGGGAAGCAUUGGAGUCAACAUGGGCCAGCAUCCCUAUGGAACUCUUUCGACACCUUGUAGAGUCCAUGCCCUAACUACUUGAGGCUGUUCUGAGGGCAAAAGGGAGGGGUGCGUGCAACUUAAUAUUAGGAAGGUGUUUUUAACGUUUUGUACGCUCAGUAUACUCGAUCAACAUGAACUCGGCAAAUUUCUGCAUAUCUAAACAUUGAAAGGGUUCUUUGUAUUAAAUAUGUCAUUUAGGUGGUACAAAUGGCAUGAAACAGAGUUCCUCCAUUUUUAAUGUGUUAUUCUAGUGCCUGGUUGUUUCUGCCUGAAUUCAGCCAUUUUCCCCAAAAUGGUGUCUGAUCUCUACUGUCUUUGCCCUGUGAGUUACUGCUGGGUAAAGUAAGCACAUCAACAGGGUGUGUCGUGUGUCCUCCUGUCCAUAUAGGUAAAUUACUAUGGUAUUAUUUGUGUUCUUUGGGGACAGGCAAUACCAAGGAGAGGGUCAAACCACCCCAGAACUCACUGUCUGCACUUUAGAGAUGCAUGACAAUUAAAUUACAUUUUGUAAAACUUGGUCCUUUUUCCAAAAGAUGGUAAUAUUUCUAAUUUUUUAAGAAUUUAUCAUUUAGAGAAUAUUUUUUUAAACAAUCAUUAAUUUCAUUUUGUUUUCAUAUUUAUACAGAUACAUAGAUAUGUAUGUUAUAUUUGUUAAUUAUUGGAAGAGCUGCCCAAAUAAUUACUCAAUUUAAAAUUAUGCUCUUAACUGUAGAGAUUGUGUGACGAGAGAAAUAACUUAUUUUUGUACCAUGAUGAUCGACAAACUCUACCAAAUAGAGAGAUGUCUAUAGGAAGGUACACUUUAGAAAAAUGCUGAUAUUCAUUGGAGCCCAAAACUGGCACUACUAAAAGGCAGAGAAAGGAUUACAAUACAUUAGCCUAGUAUGAAAAGGCUUACAGGUUUCAUUCCUGUUUUAAGGUCUUAAUCUCGUGGUACAUGCUACUUACAUGAUUGAUUCCAUGUAUAAUUUUGUACAUAACUGUUUUGUAUAUAAUUGAAAGAUGGGCCUGGGUUUUAAUGUCUUAACUCUGAGUGUCUAACUGAAUGUAUUCAUAACAUGAACUGAAAACCCCGCCAGCCUCAGUCAAAUUUUGUUUCUAGACACUUUGCUGUGGUGUUCAAAUCAACUUAUGUUUUUUCUGUUUUUAACUAUGUGCCUCAAUGUAUUUGCUCACUUCAAGGAUAUGUAUGUAACUGUUAUUUGUAUUCUAUGCCUAUUUACGAGACGUGGAAAUGGUCACAUCACAGAUAGUCAAUUCAAAUUGGUAUCCCUUCAUAUUAUUGCGAUUUUAAAUUACAAUUUUAAGAUCAAGACUGGCCAGUCUUGUGUAAAAAUGGUCUAGAAAGCACACUACAAACGUCUACAAUGUGGGGAUCUUUUGUUUUUAUGCUUCCAGGGGGCUCAAAUCUUGUUACAGAAUCAUGUUGCAAAAAAAAAAGUUUUGCACAUUACAUCAGUGUCUCAUACAAGGUUUUGUGGCGUGAGUUACAAUACUAGGAUGUUUACAAACAACCUUGAAGUCAUCAGAACAGUAUUUGAGAAAAUAACAAUUGUUGUACUAACUGUUUCAUGUCCAUUUGUACUCUUACUGAUUUUAAAGCAUAGUAUAACAGUACAUGUACUAUCUGUAAAUGUGUCAAGAGAAAUUACUGUAUAUAAUCAAUGUUUUUUUAAAGUAAAUUUGAAUCCAAUGAAAAAUGA